AGAGAGAGAAAGUGAGAGAGAAUUUAGAGAGAGAGAGAGAGAGAGAUGUCGUCGUUUGAUACGUUCAGCGUCGACGGCGAAGAAUCGACGACGAUUCCGUCUUCUGGUCAAUUCGAUGAAGGUUACUUCGACAACAACGAUUCAUACUCCAACUUCUCCACCGCCGAUACUCCGGCGUAUGAAUUCCCUGCUGAAGGUGAGCAUGUACCUCACCAAUCUGUAGAUAGUUCAGAUCCGUUUGGAUUCGGUUCGCAUCCGGACCCGGAUCCGUACUCCCAGCCGCCUCAGACUUCAUCACCGUUUGACUCUUCAUCGAUCCCGAUCUCAAACGGUGUAAGUCAGGAUUACGAUGUUGGAGAGGAUGCUGAUGGGAUUUUUAGUUCUGAUGGACCGGUGCUCCCGCCUCCUAGUGAGAUGCGGGAAGAGGGGUUUGCUCUUCGUGAAUGGCGGAGGCUGAAUGCAAUUCGACUAGAGGAGAAGGAGAACAAAGAGAAGGAAUUACGAAGCCAGAUCAUCGAAGAAGGUGAAGAAUUCAAACGGGCUUUCCAUGAAAAGAGGCUGCGCAGCAUGGAGACAAACAAACUCACCAAUAGAGAAGGCGAGAAGUUGUACGUAGCAAAACAAGAAAAGUUCCACAAAGAAGCCGAUAAACAAUACUGGAAAGCAAUAGCCGAACUCAUUCCUCGCGAGGUUCCCAACAUAGAAAAGAGAGGUAAGAAGGACAAAGACAAGAAACCGGGAAUUACAGUCGUUCAAGGACCCAAACCCGGAAAACCCACCGAUCUCGCAAGGUUGCGUCACAUCUUGGUGAAGCUCAAACACACACCGCCCGCUCACAUGGUUCCUCCACCACCACCACCUGCCGCCACCAAAGAUGGAAAGGAAGGUGCCAAAGAUGAUAAAGUAGUUGCCAAAGACGGAAAGGAUGCAGCAGCCGCCGCCGCCACCACCGCGGCCAGUACCGAAACUGUACCUGCUAAAGAUGCUGCCGCCUCAAAUGGUGGUGUUGAAGCUCCAGCUGCACCAAUUGAACAACCUGCCGCCUGAAUCCGACCCUGAUAUAAAGAUUUUAGGUUAGUUUUUGAAUCUAUGAUCGUAUAAUUUCCGUUUGAGGAUUUAAUUGCCAUAAUCGACUACGAUAUGUUGUGUUUUCGGAUCGAGAACCAUUACGGUGUUGUUUCAAGUUUGUUAUUACUGUGAUGUAAGAGCUGUUUCUUUGCUUUUGCUUAUGAUGAUGUUAAUGGUUUUUAGACA